CUGCUUCACUUUGUUCUAACAAGGCAGAGACGAGACUGGCUAGACAGCGAUGCUGAGUUUGGGACUUUUAAUAUUUUUGUUUCUAUUGCGACCCGCAUACCUUCAGUUCCCGCGAGCAUGCGUUACCGCCGAGAUCCUACAAACUAAGGAGUGCUGUCCAGUAUGGGAACAGGACGGGUCCGUCUGUGGAGCCCGCUCUGGUAGGGGUUUUUGCCAAGAUGUGGUCAUAUCCGACCUCCCCAACGGUCCGCAGUAUCCAUUCAACGGAAUAGACGACAGAGAGAGAUGGCCCUCCGUGUUCUAUAAUCGCACGUGCCAGUGUGCAGGUAACUACAUGGGCUUCGAUUGUGGUGACUGCAAGUUCGGUUUUUUUGGCGUCAACUGUGCUGAGAAAAGGGAAUCAUUGAGAAGGAAUAUAUUUCAACUGUCAGUCACCGAAAGACAGAAGUUAAUAUCUUAUUUGAACCUAGCCAAAAAUACCAUAAGCACAGAUUACGUGAUAGUGACCGGCACCUACGAACACAUGAACAAUGGAACAGAUCCCAUGUUUGCGGAUGCCAGUGUCUAUGAUGUCUUUGUUUGGAUGCACUACUACGUGUCAAGAGAUGCCUUGCUUGGAGGAACUAACGUUUGGACGGAUAUUGAUUUUGCACACUGGGCUCCAGCCUUUUUGCCGUGGCACCGUGUGUAUUUGUUGUCAUGGGAACACGAAAUCCGCAAACUGACAGGAGACUUCAGUUUCACCAUCCCAUACUGGGAUUGGAAAGAUGCGUUGGACUGUGAAGUAUGCACUGACGAGUUAAUGGGUGGUCGGAAUCUUCUGAAGCCGGACCACAUCAGUCCUGCAUCGGUAUUCUCUUCGUGGAAGGUCAUAUGCUCCCAAGCAGCUGAAUAUAACAGCAGGGGGGUACUAUGUAAUGGCACAGGGGAGGGACCCCUGCUUCGUAACCCUGGCAACCAAAACCGGGACGUAGUGAGCCGACUGCCCACUUCCGCUGAUGUGGAGUUCACGCUCAGCCUUGAGCAAUAUGACACCAGCCCCAUGGACAUCAGUGCCAACAUGAGUUUCAGGAACACUCUAGAAGGCUUUGGCAAUCCCCAGACUGGACAGGGCAACAGUGCUCAACGUUGGAUGCAUGCUGCUGUGCAUGCCUACAUGAAUGGCUCCAUGUCUUCAGUCCAAGGGUCUGCCAAUGACCCCAUCUUCUUCCUACACCACUCCUUUGUCGACAGGUACUGCAAGUCUUCCUGUCACCAAGCUUCACACUGUCUCUCGCCAUCCUGCAGUCCAGCGCUUUCUGCAGGAAUUCCUGAGCCCUUAUCUACAGCAGGCCCAGAAGAUCUGGCAGUGGCUCCUGGGUGCUGGAAUCUUUGGGGCCCUGGUAGCAUGUCUCAUAGCAGCAGUCAUGGCCUUUGCCUGCAGCACACAACAGCAGAAAAAGAACAAGGCUUUAAUGCAUUCAGGGAGACAUCCCCUGACCGACAGAAGAAAGAAGGAGCGCUCUCUUUAGUCAUAUCACAGAACUCUGUGAAAGGGGUUACUGUUCUCACUGUGAUGACUGUAACAUCACAAGGUGUCACAGUUAUCACAUGCCUUAUAUUAUAUUGCUUUUUUUUAAAAUGACUAUGUAAUAUAUAAGACAAUUAUUGUGAAAACAGACUAUUCUUUAUUUCAGAGGAAAUGUCUCCCUUGCACACAAAGAAUCAUUGAGACUGGAGAGCACAUGCUUUAAAAAUAAUGCACCAUUGUUAAUAUGCAAAACUGGGUAAACUCUGCCUCCUCAUGAUGCAUACCCAGGGGCACAUGUUCCAAGAACUCAUUACCAACAUUGCAAAUGUUGUGCUCUGUAAAUCAAUUUCAGUUUAUAGGUGUUCAAUGAAAACCCAAUGACAACCUCCUAGCAGAACAACUGUCCCAAACAUUCCCAUGAGAAAGAUUUACACAAAGUCUACAGAGGUGUCUGAACAAUUGAUCUAUGUGAAUUGAGAACCUGUCUUACUGAUGUUCAAAACACCAUAAAGACUCCUAAUAAACUGAUCUCUUGUCCAUGAA